AACACGGUAAAAUAAUAACAAAUUUGGUUGUAUUUGGGUUUUGAUUUGUAGUUUGUACAUAAUAUUUUGUGAAUUGUUACUAAAAUAAAGUUUAAUUUCGCUUAUUGGCCGUUAUUUGUAAGUCCAGUUAAUAAUGUCUCCUUCAGAAGGCCAAUCAAAGGAGUUAGAUAGUAAAUAUGACGAGGUCGUGGUGAAAUUCGUGUCUGAUGUAAGAAGUGGGAAACUCCAGGGUUCGUACAACAUAGCGGUUGCAACAAUAUCACUGCUGGAACAGAUGAUUGUAGAAUGCCAGAAUGCUACUGCUUUCGAGCUGUGUAGUACAGUUCGUGCGGCCGGUCGCUGCCUUACUCGAGCUCUGCCUCAGGAGCUGGUUGCAGCCAACAUGGUGCGGAGAAUUCUACGGGCCAUUCGUGACGAACACAGCGCACACGCCAAUCAGAGUGGAGAAAGUCUGGGCGAGAGUUUACAACGGUUAGUGUUGGCUGCGCCUGCGCGGCGCGCGACGCUUGGGGGGGAGUUCACUGACCUCAGGGGGCCGUUGAGGGACCAUAUUGCUGAGCUGCUCGCGGAAUUGGAGACGAGCAAAUCGUCGAUCAGCGCGCAAGCUCGCGAACACGUGCACGCGGACGAAUUGUUGCUCACAUAUGGCGCGAGUUCGCUCGUCGAGAGGUUUCUGAGAAAUGCUGCGCAGAGACGAUACAGACUUAUAUUGGCUGAGGGGACAGACGUCGCUCAGUCUCACGCGAUGGCGGGGCGGCUGGCGGCGUGCGGGGUGCCGGUGACGGUGGUGGCCAGUGCCGCUAUUACCGCCGUCAUGCCCAGGAUCAACAAGGUUGUGGUGGGGGUGAGAUGUGCCCUCGCUGGUGGUGCGGCUCUGGGCCAAGUGGGGCUGCACGCGCUCACUGCCGCAGCCAAAUAUUACAGCGUGCCGGUGAUAGUACUAGCUCCGCUGUACAAGCUGUCUCCGCUUCACCAACAUCACUCGAGCUGGUUGACGUCACCUCACACCGCCUUGACUUACGGCGCAAGCGCAGCGUGUCAAGCGCACGUGGUGGCGCCACUGUAUGACUUCGUCCCUCCCGACCAUAUCACGCUGUUCAUUACAAACCUUGGUGGCAGCUCUCCGUCAUACAUAUACCGGCUUUUGUCAGAGCUGUACGACUCCAACGAUCACCAACUGUAGCUCUAGACAAUAGCUGAUGGAAAGCGGUCUCCGGUCACAAGUCACGUUGAAUAUGUGCUGUAAAUAUGUGAUGCGUACAAUAAAUUAAUGUGUUGUAA